CUGUCAAUGAAAAAUUUAAAAAGAUCAAAAUAUCCAUGCGAUAGCUUGUUUUUCUUGCACGAACGUAUAGUUUCAGCAUUUCUACGUUAUUAUUGAACAGUUUUGUACAUUAAAUUUGUUUGGAUGGGUGAGAUUUCUCUUGAGGAUUGACAUGGCGCUUGUUAGCAACAAUCUUGAUCAAUGCAGCUUUUGCUCUCAAACAUGCAAUGAGAAGUCUCGUUACGCGCUGGUUCCCACUCAUCAUCAAGAGCAGCAACUAAAACCUAUUCUGCAGAAGUUGAGCAGUUUCACUUCCCAGUUGAGCAGUUAUCCCACGUGCGACAAAUGCCACCAAGAGUUCAUAACUGUCCACAACAUUUCGGAGAGCUGCUUCCUAAUUUUGCCAAGCGUAGAACCGACUGCCAUCAAGAUGGAGCCGGAGUUAAUGAUUGAUGACCAUAAGCUGUCGGAUAAUGAAAACAUUUUUGAGACAGGCAAAAUUGAAGAGAAAACCGAAACGCUAAUCAUGGGACAGAAUGGAGAGCUUUUUUGUGUCAGCAAAAUAGACGAAGAUGAAGCCAAUCAAAUAAUAAUUCCGGUUGCAAGAGCAAAUACACAAAGAAAAAGCGAUUUGGAUGCUACACAGAUGGAAGUUGGUUAUAAAUGUAAGGAAGGCCCCGCGGAAGAAGGUGAACGUUCCCAUCCUUGUCCACAUUGUUCGAAGGCGUUUCGCAAAGCUCGGUAUCUCAAAGAACAUAUUCGAACUCACACUGGUGAACGUCCCUAUACUUGUCCACAUUGUCCGAAGGCGUUUCCACAAACUUCCAAUCUCAAAAUACACAUUCGAACGCAUACUGGUGAACGUCCAUUUUCAUGUCCACAUUGCCCGAAAACGUUCAAUCAUCAUACAAGGUUCAAAGAACACAUGCGAACUCAUACGGGUGAAGGUUUUCAUUCUUGUCCACAUUGUUCGAAGGCGUUUCAUAAAGCUCCGUAUCUAAAAGAACACAUUCGAUCUCAUACUGUUUUUUUUUCCUUUGCAGGUGAACGUCCAUAUUCUUGUUCACACUGUUCGAAAGUGUUUAGACAUCCUGGGACGCUCCGGUUGCACAUGCGAAAACAUAUGGGUGGACUUUCCUACUCUUGCCCACAGUGUCCAAAAGUGUAUAGGAGUUCUGGAGGGUACUACAAGCACCUUAGAAGUCAUACGGGUUGGAAGGAGCGCAAGUCGAAAUUGUCCGGUUGAUGUUUAUGAUGUAUUCAGCAUUACAUCGAUGUCACAUUUUUUGACAUAGAACUACGUCUUUCAUAAAGGGUGUCAAAUCAGAAAACAGGUCACGUUUUUAUGAAAUAAAGUUAACGUUAAAAACUA